CAGAAAGCAGAAGCUGUCAGCUCAUUCACUCCCCUUACAGGAAAGGGGGAGAAUAAAAGCUCUCUGGUCCUGCCUGCUUCAGAAAGCCACUAGAGCUUUUGGGCAGCUUGCGGGGCCGCUCCCUUCCCACGCCUGGACCAUGCUCCGCUGCGUCUUCCUGCGCGGCCACAGGCGAGGACUCGAUAUCUACAGCUGAGAGCUAAAACUUUUUUUGACUUUUCUUUUCCCCAACAACUGAACCAUGCCAUGUGCUCAGGGAAGCUGGCUGGCAAAGCUCUCGAUGGUGGCUCAGCUUCUUAACUUGGGGGCUUUUUGCCAUGGGAGACAAAGUCAGCCCUGGCCGGUUCGCUUCCCAGACCCGAGGCAAGAACACUUUAUCAAGUCCCUGCCAGAAUAUCACAUAGUGAGUCCGGCCCAAGUGGAUGCCAGUGGCCAUUUUCUGUCCUAUGGCCUGCAUCACCCUGUCACUAGCAGCAGGAAGAAGAGAGCUGCAGGUGGUUCCGGAGACCAGGUGUACUACAGAAUUUCACACGAAGAAAAAGACCUGUUUUUCAAUCUGACGGUCAACUGGGAAUUUCUUUCCACCGGUUAUGUCGUGGAGAGGAGAUAUGGGAACCUUUCCAGUGUUAAGAUGAUGGCUUCCUCAGGCCCGCCCUGCCAUCUCAGGGGCACAGUUCUGCAGCAGGACACCAUGGUCGGGAUCGGGACAGCAGCUCUCAGUGCCUGCCAAGGACUGACUGGAUUUUUCCAUCUACCACAUGGAGACUUUUUCAUUGAACCUGUUAAAAAGCAUCCACUGACCGAGGAAGGGUACCACCCUCAUGUCGUAUACAGGAGGCAGAGCUCCAGAGCUCCAGAGACAAAGGAGCCCACCUGCGGAUUAAAGGACAGUCUUGAUAAUUCUGUGAAGCAAGAGCUACAGCGGGAGAAGUGGGAGAGGAAAAACUUGCCAAGAAGAAGUCUCUCCCGACGCUCCGUAAGCAAGGAGAGAUGGGUGGAGACCCUCGUGGUGGCUGACACGAAGAUGGUAGAGUACCACGGAAGUGAGAAUGUGGAGUCGUACAUCCUCACCAUCAUGAAUAUGGUCACUGGGUUGUUUCAUAACCCAAGCAUUGGAAAUCUAGUCCACAUUGUUGUGGUUCGACUCAUUCUACUUGAAGAAGAGGAGCAAGGAUUGAAAAUAGUUCACCAUGCAGAGAAGACGCUGUCCAGCUUCUGCAAGUGGCAAAAGAGCAUCAAUCCCAAGAGUGACCUUAAUCCUGUCCAUCAUGAUGUGGCUGUCCUUAUCACCAGAAAGGACAUCUGUGCUGGUGUCAAUCGCCCUUGUGAAACUCUGGGGCUGUCCCAACUGUCAGGAAUGUGCCAGCCUCACAGGAGUUGUAACAUCAAUGAAGAUUCUGGCCUCCCUCUGGCUUUCACCAUUGCACAUGAACUUGGGCACAGCUUUGGCAUCCAGCAUGAUGGAAAGGAAAAUGACUGUGAGCCCGUGGGCAGACACCCAUACAUCAUGUCCCAACAAAUUCAGUAUGAUCCGACUCCACUGACAUGGUCGAAAUGCAGCAAGGAGUACAUCACUCGCUUCUUGGACCGAGGCAGGGGGUUCUGUCUUGAUGAUAUCCCCAGAAAGAAAGGCUUGAAGUCCAAUGUCAUUGCCCCUGGAGUAAUUUAUGAUGUCCAUCACCAGUGCCAGCUCCAAUAUGGCCCAAAUGCUACAUUCUGCCAGGAAGUGGAAAAUGUUUGCCAGACACUGUGGUGCUCAGUGAAAGGCUUCUGUCGCUCUAAGCUGGAUGCUGCAGCAGAUGGGACUCGUUGUGGUGAGAAGAAGUGGUGUAUGGCUGGAAAGUGUAUCACAGUGGGGAAGAAGCCAGAGAGCAUCCCUGGAGGCUGGGGACGCUGGUCACCCUGGUCACACUGUUCCAGGACAUGUGGGGCAGGAGCUCAGAGUGCAGAGAGGCUCUGCAACAACCCAGAACCAAAGUUUGGAGGGAAAUACUGCACCGGAGAAAGAAAACGCUAUCGCUUAUGCAAUGUCCACCCCUGCCGCUCAGACACUCCGACAUUCCGGCAGAUGCAGUGCAGUGAAUUUGACACAGUCCCCUACAAAAACCAAUUCUACCGCUGGUUCCCAGUGUUUAAUGCAGCACAUCCCUGUGAGCUGUACUGCAGACCCAUAGAUGAACAGUUUUCUGAGAAAAUGCUGGAUGCCGUCAUUGAUGGCACCCCUUGCUUUGAAGGUGGCAACAGCAGAAAUGUCUGUAUUAAUGGCAUAUGUAAGAGGGUUGGCUGUGACUAUGAGAUUGACUCCAAUGCUACCGAGGAUCGCUGCGGCGUGUGUCUUGGAGACGGCUCUGCCUGCCAGACUGUGAAGAAACUGUUUCGACAGAAGGAAGGAUCUGGUUACAUUGACAUCGGACUUAUUCCCAAAGGCGCAAGGGAUAUAAGGGUGAUGGAAAUCAAGGCAGCUGGCAAUUUCCUGGCCAUUAGGAGUGAAGACCCAGAAAAAUAUUACCUCAAUGGAGGGUUUAUUAUCCAGUGGAAUGGAAACUAUAAACUGGCAGGGACUGUCUUCCAGUAUGACAGGAAAGGAGAUCUGGAGAAACUUAUGGCUCCCGGCCCCACCAACGAGUCAGUGUGGCUCCAGCUACUAUUCCAGGUGACUAACCCUGGCAUCAAGUAUGAAUACACAGUCCGGAAAGACGGCCUUGAUAAUGACGUGGACAAGUUGCUGUACUUCUGGCAAUUUGGCCGCUGGACAGAAUGCAGUGUAACUUGUGGAACAGGUAUCCGCCGGCAGGCUGCUCAUUGUGUCAAGAAGGGCCAUGGGAUAGUGAAAACUACCUUCUGUAACCCAGAAACCCAGCCCAGCGUGAGACAGAAGAAGUGCUACGAAAAGGAUUGUCCACCCAGGUGGUGGGCAGGGGAGUGGGAAGCAUGUUCAACGACAUGUGGGCCCUAUGGAGAAAAAAAGAGAACAGUGCUGUGCAUCCAGACCAUGGGCUCUGAUGAACAGGCUCUCCCUGCUACAGACUGCCAGCACCUGCUGAAGCCCAAGGCCCUGGUUUCCUGCAACAGAGAUAUUCUGUGUCCAUCAGACUGGACCGUAGGCAACUGGAGUGAGUGCUCUGUUUCCUGUGGUGGUGGAGUGCGGAUUCGCAGUGUCACGUGUGCCAAGAACCUUAAUGAACCAUGUGACAAGACACGGAAACCCAACAGUCGAGCUCUGUGUGGCCUCCAGCAAUGCCCAUCCAGCCGUAGAGUUCUGAAACCCAAUAAAGAUCCAGUUCCCAGUGGGAAAAAUCAAACGACAUCAGACCAUGACUCCUUUAAGCCCAUCCCAGCACCUACACCCAAGCCCACACCACUGUCCACACCCACAGUGCCCGAGUCCGUGAGCACAAGUACUCCGGCAAUCAACACCCUUGGCUCCUCCAUAGCAUCUGAAGAAGAUCCAGAUGGGAUAGGAUGGCAGAAUAAUUCAACCCAAGCUGAAGACGACUCCCACUUCCUUACUUCUACUGGAAGCACCUCCCAGGCCCCCCUGACUUCCUGGUCUUUGAGUAUCCAGCCCGAUGAUGAAAAUGUUUCCAGUUCAGCUAUAGGUCCUACUGCAGACAGUGACUUGGGAGCAACCACAAGUGAUUUUGGCUUAUCGUCUACCAAUGCUGUGACUUGGCAGGUAACUCCAUUUUAUAGCACUGUGACCACAGAUCCAGAAAUGGAGAUACAUAGUGGUUCAGGGGAAGACAGUGACCAGACUUUGAACAAGGACGAAAGCAACUCUGUGAUAUGGAACAAGAUCAGAGUACCUGAACAUGAUGCUCCCAUGGAGAUGAAUGCAGAAAUACCACUUGGACCUCCACCAACAUCUUAUGUGAGGGAAGAGUCCUCAUGGCCUCCUGUCAGUACAAUGAUGGAAGGCUUAUUACCUGCCUGGUCCUUCAAAAAUGAGACAUCUAGGGAUGAGGGGAUGAUCACUGAAAAAUCAAGCAAUAUUUCACUCCCUCUUGGAGGAGAGCCCCAGCCAGCACCCUCAGAGAAUUUAGGAAACCAUGACCAAUUAGCAUUGCCAAAUGAUACAAGUCCAACCCAAGGCUCUGGGCCUGUCCUGACUCAGGAAGAUGCCUCCAGUCUGAUUGCUGAGGGAUUUUUGCUAAAUGCUUCUGAUUACAAGCAUCUUAUGAAGGACCACAGCCCUGCAUACUGGAUUGUUGGAAACUGGAGUAAAUGCUCCACCACCUGUGGGCUGGGGGCCUACUGGAGGACAGUAGAAUGUAGCACCGGGAUGAAUGCUGACUGCGCCACCAUUCAGAGGCCAGACCCUGCUAAGAAGUGCCACCUCCGCCCCUGUGCUGGCUGGCGAGUGGGAAACUGGAGCAAGUGCUCCCGAAACUGCAGUGGAGGCUUCAAGAUUCGUGAGGUUCAGUGCAUGGACAACUUGGACCAUCACCGGAGCCUGAGGCCAUUUCACUGUCAAUUCCUGGCUGGUGUUCCUCCUCCGCUGAGUAUGAGCUGUAACCUGGAGCCUUGUCAAGAAUGGCAAGUGGAGGCCUGGAGCCAGUGUUCUAGGUCCUGUGGAGGCGGCAUUCAGGAGAGAGGAGUGUCUUGUCCAGGAGGCUUCUGUGACUGGACAAAAAGACCUGCAUCUACUGUGCCCUGCAACAGACACCUUUGCUGUCAUUGGGCCACUGGGAACUGGGAGCUGUGUACCACUUCCUGUGGUGGUGGCUCUCAGAAGAGGACCGUUCAUUGCAUCCCCUCAGAAAACAAUACAACUGAAGACCAAGACCGGUGCCUCUGUGACCACCAGGUCAGACCCCCAGAAUUCCAAAAAUGCAACCAGCAAGCCUGCAGGAAGAGUGCUGAUUUAACUUGCACGAAGAACAGACUUUCAACCAGCUUCUGCCAGACACUAAAAUCCAUGAGGAAGUGCUCUGAGCCAUCAGUGCGGGCCCAGUGCUGUCUCUCAUGUCCACAGGAGCAGAGCAUCCAUACCCAGAGGCAAAGAAAACAGCAGUUCCUCCAAAAGCGUGACAAACUCUAGGUUCAGAGAGAAGCCACCAUCAUGGUCCUCCAUAGCCUGAUACCCAAGGACAUGGUCCAGAUGGUCACUUCACUAACAUACCACUUUUCACAUUCUAGGUUUAACUUCAGGUCAUAACAAAACAAAACACACUGUGUGUGUCUAGCCACAAAAUGUUCCUCACAGAAAGCUUGGGGCUUGCUGUUCCCUGAUAGGAAGACAAAGUAUUUGAGAAAUUGUUGCAGCAGUUGAGAUGAGUUCCUGUGGAAAGUGCCAGAUUAGGCAAGUCUCUAAAAAUAUGCCUUUCCCCCUUUAAAGAUAAAAAUAAGAGACCAGUUUUUCCAAACUACCUCAAGAGUAUCAACAAACAGAGCCACUUACCCAGGAAGCAAAUAAUCUUAAAUUUGUCUUUGUGAAUAUAUCCUCCUUGGGUACCUUGGGUAGCCGCUGUUUAAAAGUCAUGAGGCAAAUUUUAGGAACAUCUGUCCAGUAGUCAAUAAGGACAGGAAGAGAAUGCUAGUUAUGGUGCUCAGUCUACUCUCCAGCCCUGUAGGACUUCACAACUGGAAACCUAGAACCGUUUGGGUCAAACCAUAGAGCUUUGAGAUUAAGGAGACAGGGGCAUUAGAUGCAGCCUAGGCAGGGAUUAGAUUGGCGAUCAAAAAGUCAUUUUUUACUUUACUUCAGUUUCUAUUAAAAGUCCUAAAAAACACAAAUGAACAGAAAUCAACUUCUCGCUAGCCUAAGAAAGAAAAUAUUCUGUCCUUGUUCCUCAAACUUUCCUGACUUUGUCAGCUCGUCACAGAACAAAUGUAUGUCCCUGUCUGCCAGUCUUUCUCCUUCCCUGUCCUUAUCAGGGUCAUGAUCUCAGAUCCUGCCAUCAUCCUUGUGCAGGAAGAUGAUACACAAAAACUGCUACAGCUAGGAUUAUGGCUGUCUACAUACCCUGUUUUUCUCUCUGGAAAGAAAAAGUGAAGUUACAGGUUAAACCACUUUUCAAAAUCAGGUAAAUUGUACCAAGUCUAGGAAUUUAGUAGAAACUUAUAGUUUAUAAGAAAAAAAAGUUCUAAAGAGUGGGCAAGAUGACCUAUUUACUGUGUCCAUUGGAGACUUUUAAAAGUCUUUUGCCAUUAGAGAUAUAAAGCUGGGGUAGAGUGCAUAUUUAGCACAGUUGGGCAAGGCUGUAAGUUUGGUCUCUAACAACACAUGCAUGCAUGAAUAUACACAUACACACAGAAACAAAAAUGGAGACGAACUGACCUUGUGGAGAGCAAGCAAGUCACAAGGGUCCAGAACACAGAAAUAGAAGUUAGCAUGCUGAUUUUAAACAUUACUCCUACUGAAGUCAGAGUAGGCUGUGAGCACAAACUCGGAGCAAAUUUCCAGGUGAGCCUAUGGUGUGAACCUAGAGAGAAAGGAUAAGCAUGUUGAGAGAUUCAAGCCCUGGGGAAAGACUCCAGAACCAGCUCUUGAUAGGAUAGAAGGCAAUGUGUGCCUUCGGGUGAUGGAUCACAUACUUUAGACUUAUGCACUAAUAUGCAAUUGUCUUUAUUCUGGAGUACAAUACCCACAGCUUCCUGUAGUUAUCUAUCCAUUCAGCAGAGUGGUGCUAUUGAACUUGGUGCUAAUACCUAGAAGGUGGCAGAACUAGCAGAAAUGUUAACAAAUAGUCACGUGAAUGGCUAGGUGUCUACGAACUUCCAGAUCGACAUAUGCUUUGUGUAAGAUGGUGUUGCUGGCCAAUGCCAGUUUUAUUUGUUCUGAGACCAUAAACAUAAUAUUAUAUAGUAUGUGCUUUUAAACUUUUUCAAGCCACUAGUAUGUAUUAUUCUGAUCAAUUCCUGUGGAAAAUAAAACACUGGGAUUUGGAUAAAAUUCAAGGUAUACCAGAAAAAAGAGAAAAUGCUGAAGCCAGGGAAUUUAUGUAUUGUGUAGUUAAGCAUACAUUCUUGCAUUCCAUCUUUACAUAAAAACAUUGCUGGCCAAUGACAAUCUCUGGUGAAAUAGCUAUUUUACAGAAAUACUUACCUUAUUCUGUUAGUGGAAAAAAAUAGAGGGGAACUUGACUUUCUUAUGAGGAAUUCUGCAAAGACUAGUAGUAUAGGCUUUCAAGAGUAUUAAUUAGUAAGCCAUGUGAAUUUAAGUUAAGCUGGUACUGUUCUAGAGAAAAGUACAUGACAUCAGAGUCCUGGGUAUGACCAGGCUUAUGAAACUCAGGAAGAAACUUGGAUUUCUACUGACCUCAACAAACUAAAGUAGGCCAGAUUUCCCAAUGCAAAAGGUAGACCGUGUCAUUUGAGGUCCAUGUUGUAUGAGCCUGUGGGGAGAGUCUGGCCAGGUGCUUCAUUCUAGAUCUUUCUCCAGUUUUUUGAGUACAGAAAAUAGGCCUCUGAUCAUGCAUCAUGGACAUCCUCUUCCUACUAUGAUGAGACUGUCCUAUGGUGUGUGUCACUUGUGUUUGCUGUAGCAGUCAUCAGUCAGCUGCUCUGCUGUGGGCUAUCAGUGUUUCCAUGGAUAUCUAAUGCUUGAGAUGCUAGAAGAACUUUGAAUAACAGGAUGGCACUGACAGCAAGAGCUGGAUAGUGUCUUCACAGGGUCAAACGUGAAGACUUGGUUUAUUUCAUCCAUAUCUUCCUUCACAUUAACUCCUUGAAGAUGUGAACAAGUUCAGGGAGACACUGGAACACUCUUACCAUGGGUCAGACAGGUCCACCACGGGGCCUUGUGCUUAAAUACAUCAUGUUGGGUUUACAUUGCUUUUCAGAGUGAUAGAAUUAGUUCUUCUCCAAAAAGUUAUAGGCUAUUUAAUUCAUGAACAUCAAAAGUUAUGCCAUAAGAAGACAGUAUUCCUAGAAACUUUAUAGCAAUACUUUGUUCAAAUCAUGACUCAUGUCCUGCAACAAAGAAUUGUUUUCCUCUGUAGGAAUAACUAUUUAGUCAUAGGUCUUCCUAAAUGAGAGCACAAACAGCUCCUUCUGGUCUCCUAUGACAGCAUGUUUUCACUGGCUUUCCAACACAAUGCUUUCUGAGAGUCUGUUCUGAACAACCUUCAUCAGGAAUCCGAAGCAGUUUGAGGAAUUAUAUUAUUUCAGACUCUACCUUACUAUUCAGUUAGCUGAAGUUCUCUGAAAGCUACAUAUUGCUAACCUAGAAAAGUGCAAAGUCUUAGCUUUCUCCUUUCUCACCUCAAGAUGAAGCUCUGGGACAGCCUAUCUGGUGCUCAGUCCACAGUGAUCCACUUACACAGGCCACAUGUCUUGAGCUUCCUGGUGCUAUAGUCAAUCCAAUAUAUUGAUACUACUCCUGUUGCUAAUUCAAGUACUUUUUAAAUUCUACUAUUUUUAUUUUAAGCUCUGUCACUAAAAAUAAUGUGAUGGGGAAAAUGUAUUUCUCCCUACCUUUGCCCACCAAAAUAAUGGCAUGACAUCCAUAGUUAACUCAUUGUUUCCCCUGUAUUUCUGCAUUUCUGCCUCACCAGCUGAUUCCCACACUCUUUAUGUACCUGAUGAGUACCUCAGUAUUAAAACCAGAUUAUAAUCAUAGGCUGUCUUUGUGUGGCAUCAAUAAAUGGCCAAACUCA